CUCAAAGUAUGUUAUAUGAUCGUUUCAAGUAUUUCUCAAGUACUCUUUCUCCUCAAGAUGUAAAUCAUCUUUUGGGCAAGGGUUCUUCUCUCUCAGCAUCGCUAAAAACGGCCGGUUACUCAAAAUCAUCGAUCAUAAAUGAUAUCACUCCUCUCGUUGGCCCUGUCGACGGGGAAGUCCAGGCGAGAUCCACUCUUACCGGGCCCAGCUUGAAAAAGAACCCGGCAAUUCAAAUGACAGGAUCUGCUGCUUUCCCUCUCCCCCCCCCUUUCCCUUCUCUCUCUUUCCUCUCUCAAACUUUCUAUCGUGCACAACAAAUGGGCACCGCACCGUAUUGUACCACAGUAUGUUUGAGGGGGGGAGAGCCGUUGGGAGGCGAAGGGCCGACCCACGCGCAGACCGGGCGAGCCGCUUUUUUUGCCUUAGGCGAGCUGUUCCGUUAUUGACGGGCCCACGGGAGGAGGACCAGGCACGUAUGUAUGUACAUGUAGUGUGUAUGCGAACAGGAGGAGCCGAGUCGAAGCUCCCCGCUCUCUGAAAAGGGGGCUCCCGUCGAGGUGGGCGCAUAGUGGUGCGUGCCCACCUCAUCCUCCACUUCUCAUGGUGCGAGUCACGAAUGCGAAUUGUAUGCUGUGGGUUUGAGAAAGUACCUACUAUGGUACCUGAAGAGGGAGGGGUGCACACAUCCACACACACUCUCUCUUCUUCCUGAUUUUCUCUAUAGCACACAAAAUACUGGGUUUUUUUGGUGGUUUUUUAUUUAUUUAAAUUCUUUCUUUUCCAUGCCUGAACCCUCCUCCCGAGUGCCCGCGUCGUAGGAGCCACCUUUGAUAGCGGGGAAGGCAAACCGGGAGCCUGGGUCCUGGGUAGCACAUGGCAUGGUUUGGAAGGGGGAGGGGGCGUGCUAGCAAUGUUCUUGUAGCCGAACCUAGGCCUGAAUUUCUCAAGCGGGUUGAGGCUUAUCUUAAUUUUUUCCCCGUGCAAUAUACGAUCUCAGGUACUUGAUUCAUACAGAAUCCCGUGCUGAAGCCCUCCUGACAAAUAUCAGCUCAAAAAUCCCGACAUGGACACAAUGGGAAGAGGAGGGAUGAAUUAUCAGAGGAAAGAGAGAAGAGAGGGAGACAGAGGAGAAGGAAGGGUGGUAUGUAUGAUUUAUUGCAUGUACACUAGAUGGUAAUAUUGAAGACCUGGCUGUCGGCACCGGGAGCGCCAACUACCCAUGGCCGUAGCAGCAGCAGCCGAGUGUCUCCCUGGCCAGGGACAGCAUUUUGCCGUGACAGAAGACACAGUACGCCGGGAAGCCUUCAACCGUUCCGUCAUCCCUCGGAAUAUGGUGGCUCUCGGCCAGCCAAGCGACAUGCUGAGGAAUCAUCAGCCAAAAUCCUGCGCGCAUCUCUACGGCAGAGCGAGCAUCAGUCCAGCCGAGGAAGAGCAGCAGCAGCAGCAGCAGAACAAGAAGAAGGAAACCACCAGGAGACAAAUAAAGGAGGAGGAGGAGGAAGAAGAAGAAGAAGAAGAAGAAGAAGAGAGCGGGUCGUGUGCUGACUUUCUUGGGGCAAAGGAGGGGUGA